AUGGAGGCGCGCAGGGCCGCGCGCCGGCUCGUCCUGGCCGCCGGGCUCCUGGCGGCCGUUGCGGACGGGCAGGGCAAGGUGUACAAGAAGGCGCCCCCGCCCAAGUGUCCAGGGACCGUCCCUGUCGAUGGGAUCGAAGGCGACGUGCACAUUAUCCCUACGGGCUGGGUCGGCAUCCCUGCGCCUAUGCCCCUUGAGUCAAGGACCAGAAGGGCUUGGAGCUGCGGCCCACGAUCGAGAGCCGCGCGUACUUCGGGAAGGAGUGCACAGCAGGGAACUAUUCGAACAAGCAGUACCUUGCAGAGAAUCUCCUCGGGAAGAGAUUCAAGUUCACGGUCAACGUGUCUGGCGCUGGUUGCGGCUGCAAUGUAG